UUUAUUGUGACGUACCAUUCACUAAAUCGAAACUGAAGUCUUGAUAAAACAGGUCAGCAAAAGAGGCCGUAAUCAUUCGGCUUGAAAAAAACAACACCUUUGUUAAUCAAAUUUGAAUCAUGUCCCUCAGUUCAGACACAUUGCAAAGUUACAGCCAGUUCCUGCAGUGUGGUGCCUGCUCUUGUAGCAUCACCUCCCCCAAGCUGCUCUCCUGCCUGCACAGCUUCUGUCAGACAUGUUUGAAAGAUCAAGACGGGUCUCGCGUUGUCACCUGCCCCACCUGCCACCAGCCCACCGAGAAGGCUGAGGUGAAGGACAACAAGCUUUUAUCGGACCUGCAAAGCAAACUGGACAUCCUGAGGCAGAUAGGAAGGGGCGGUGACCUGUCCUGCUCUUGCUGUAAUGCCUCAGCGGGGUCCAUGUGCUUCGAGUGCGAGAAGUUUCUGUGCCAGAAGUGUUUUGAAGCCCACCAGGUGUUCACUGCGAAAGACAGUCACUCAGUGGAGAGCUUGGAGUCCCUGAAACAGAUGGGCUUCCAGGAAUUCCUGGCCACUGCUCGGAAGACGAGGCUGCCCUACUGCCCCGACCACGACAAACAGACGAUCAGCAUCUUUUGCCGAUCGUGUUCCAAAUCCAUUUGCUGCACAUGCACAGUCCUGGCACACAAGCUACAUGAUUAUGCUGACAUCAAGUUGGAGGCCCAGCUGCAGAAACAGGACCUUACCCAAAUGUCCACCACUCUCUUGGAAAAAGACAAAGAAUUCACCAAAAUCUGCCAGGACCUCAUGUCUCUACAGGACCGCAGUCGGCACCAUAAGAAGGAGCUGGUAGAACAGAUCAAAGUGUCGGUGAAAGAAGCCUUGAGGAAGGUGGAGCAGAAGGGAGACACCCUCUUGGAAGAGCUGGAGAGCCUUUAUGCAGUCAAGGAGGUUGAGAUCAAGCGCAGGAUCGUUCAGAUGGAGAAUGUUCUGAGGAGAAUCGAAGCCAGCAGGGGUCUGGUUGACAACAUGAUCACCUACGCAGCUUGGAAAGAAGUGAUGGAGAUGCAGGAUUUUGUGAAGUCGGCUCUGCAGCAGCUCCAGAGUGAACAACCCUUAAACUUGGACUCAGAAGAAACCACAGUGCGAUUUAUCCAAACCACCAAGGAACCAAGUGAAUUAUUGGGCAGUUUGGUAGUGAGUAACUGCAGAUCUGCAGAAACAGAAGUGGAAGCUCCCUGUGAAUCGUCUGCCAUUCCGAUAGCUUGUAAAAGGGAGAGGGAGGAGGAAUGGGAUCCAGAACAAGAUACAGAACCCUGGAUCAGCAUGGAAACCAGUCUGGAUGCAUGGUCCAGCAGGUCCCAUAGAGAAGGGUCUGCUGCUAGCACAGCCCUGGCUUCUCCAGUGGACCACGAAGAGUCCAAUACAGAACCUCUUGGGCACGACAGAGGGAAGAAGGGCACUUCACUUGAGGAGCCCAUCUUGAUAUCAUCUAAUGAAUCAGAUGAUGACUAUUCCUCGGUAAGAGCGCUAGUGCAGAACAAAAAGAGAACAAGAAAACACAAAACACCGAAAAAAAGACCUGAAUCCGAUGGAACGAGAAAAACAGUUCCAAACAAGCUAAAACUGAUCGUCAAGCCGUGUUGUUCUAACAUGUCUGAAUGUGUUACAGACCCUAUUUCUCCAUAAACAGUGGAACACUUUCCUGCUGAAACCAAUUUGAUAUAAAAUUCUUGACUAUUGGUUUAGUUUGUUUACCAGUUUUGAUUUUCCAUGUGCAAUAAAACAAAAAAAAUUGGUA